AUGAGAGCGCGUAUCACUAGAUCCACCUGGGAAUACAAGAUUCAGCAAACGAGAUUGAGCACGAUAUUAAAAGGGCCAUACAACAAUACGAUAAGAAUUUACAACAAAAUCCCAGUUGAAAUUCGUCAAGUCCGCGACGAACAUAAGUUCAAGGAUAUCGAUAAUGUAACAGUGCGUAAAAAUUUCCUCACAAAAAUAAAAUGUUUAGAGGAAACCAAGGCUAACUACAUCGAUAUUAUUGAACGGAUAAACGAAUUGACAUUAAAAAUGGAUCCCGAUUUUGUACCCAAUUAUCAACUUCUCGAAGCUUUCGACGAUUUAUAUUGCGAAAUAUUAACUUGCGCUGAAGAUAUUACCCCGAAAGUCGAAGUCAGAGUCAACGAGGCAUCUGUUUCCAAUUUAGAAUCAUCAUCUCGAAUGAUGCCUAAGCUGCCUAAAUUAUCUCUACCUACAUUUUCCGGUAAUAUCCUAGAAUGGCCAAUUUUUUAUGAGUGUUUUAAGUCCUCCAUUCACACUAAUAGUCGAUUGAGUAAUGCGGACAAAAUAAAUUAUUUAAUAGGACAGCUUUCGGGGAAGGCAAAAAAUGUUUGUACUGGCUUACCCCCUAUUGGAUCGAAUUAUCAAAUUAUUUGGGAUAAGCUCUGCGAAAGGUAUCAAAACCCACGUAUCCUGGCCGGUUCUUACCUACAACAAAUUUUGGAUUUUAAACCUGCACAGUCAGGUUCAGUCAAUAAUUUGGAUAAUAUCCUAGACAGAUGUGAUGCAUCAUACCGUGCCCUUAAGGAAUUAGAUAUAGCUGAUUUAUUAGAUUUUACGUACGCAUAUUUAUUGUGGUCGAAAUUGGAUCCAGAUACGCGCAAUCUGUUUGAAAAUACUCGAAGAAAUUCCAGUAUCUUUACUUAUGCGGAGAUUACUGCAUUUAUCAAGCAGCAGAUUCAAAUAUACAAUAGCACAUUAGGUCAUGGAAAAUCCAGUUCGACAUACCAAAAUGUAAAAUCAAAAUCACACGCAUUUUUUGGAGAAACCAAUCGAAAGAGCAAUCGUUGCUUAAUUUGUAACUCCAAUCAACAUACGGAUAUAAAAACCUGUACAAAAUUUCUGGAUAAAUCUGCAUCGGAUAGAUUUAAAAUAAUAAAAGGGAAAGGUAUGUGCAUUAAUUGUUUUGAAAAUCACAAGGUUGUACAAUGUAAAAGUCCGUCCGUAUGUAACGUUUGCCACUAUAAACACAAUAGUUUGCUACAUUUCGUCAAGCCUGUAAAUAAUAAUAGUACAAGUUCCGUUGUGAGUCAAAGUGAUUCUGUUACCAGUCCAAGUAGCCCCGGUGUAGUUCAAAGUGAUACGUCAGCAUUUUGUUCGACAGUCGAUGAUUCUAUAAUCAAAUGCGGUUCUACAGUGUUGUUGUCAACGGUAAUUGUCCAUGUAUACGAUCAUGUCGGUGUCAGGCAUAGAGUACGUUUCUUGCUAGAUUCUGGUAGUCAAGGGAAUUUCUUGACGGAAGGUUGUAUUAAGAAACUUAGAUUAAAUAUAUCGUCUUCGAAUAUGGUUGUUAAGGGCUUUGGUGGGGACAGUCAGGUUUUAGGAGCCUCGGAUUUAAUUAUUUAUUCACGUUUAAAUUCAUGCGUCAACUAUAAAGUUAAUGUUUUUGUAAUCGAAAAAAUCACAGAUCGGUUACCUAAUGUCAAAAUUUUACGAGAAUCGUGGGAACAUUUUAGUUAUCUACCAUUAGCGGAUGAUCAAUUUUGUGAGCCUGGUCCUAUAGAGGGCAUAUUAGGGGCUCAAAUGUUUGCCACUUUAUUAGAAUCACGUAAAAUCAAAAGUAAAAUUAAUUCACUUAUUGCCCUUGAAACAAAGUUGGGUUUCGUAAUAAUGGGCUGUGUACCCAAUUUGCCAGUAGCAUCCACGUCGGUACAAUCCUUUCACACUCAGGUGAAACCGCCAUUAGAAAAGUUGGUGCGUAAAUUUUGGGAAUUAGAGGACAUUCCAACACAAAAUUUCGAGAGUCCAGAAGAUGUGGAAUGCGAGAAAAUUUUUGCGUCGACCGUAAUGCGGGAGAAUUCGGGACGAUAUGUGGUAUCUUUACCUUUUAAAUAUAACGCCAAUAAAUUAGGCGAGUCAUACUCAAACGCUUUAAAACGGUUUAAAGCUUUGGAAAAUAAAUUCGAUAAAAAUCCAACGUUGAAGCAACAAUACAGUGCCGUAAUUAGGGAACAUUUAGAAAAGGGUUAUAUAUCUUUAGUAAAAAAUAACCCGUCUAUUCCCCAUUAUUUCAUCCCACACCAUGGUGUAUUUAAACCGGACAGUGUGUCCACCCCUCUUCGAUGCGUUUUCGACGCAAGCGCUAAAACUACAAAGCAAGUAUCUUUGAAUGACUUGCUUUAUACUGGCGCUAAACUACAAUCGGAUGUAGUUAGUUUGUUUUUAAAUUUUCGUUUGUUUUCGGUUGCAUUCACAGCAGAUAUUCGUCAAAUGUAUCUGAGAAUCGGAAUGCAUCCAGAUCACAGAAAAUUUCAGCUAAUAUUAUGGCGCUUCUCAAAAACCGAUGAAAUUUUAGUAUAUUCGUUAGACACCGUUAGUUUUGGUGUAAAGAGUUCGCCAUUUUUAGCUUUAAGAACGUUAAAACAAUUGGCGUUAGAUGAAGCCGACAAAUACCCGUUUGCUUCGUCAAUUGUUCAACGUGAUUUUUUCAUGGACGAUUUGGUCACAAGCGUCAACACGGUCGAAGAAGCUACGGAAUUAUAUUCGCAGCUCAUUGAGUUAUCUGGAUCGGCCCAAUUUGAAUUGACAAAAUGGGCGACAAAUUCUCAGGAAUUAUUUUCUUUUGUGCCCGAAAAGGACCGUUCUCCUAAAAUAGUAUCCUUUGAUUCAGACAGUCUGAAAAUAUUGGGUAUGCAGUGGUACCCUCAUUCGGAUGUUUUCACUUUUAGUAUUAAUGCCGAACUUAGACCCUGCACUAAACGUAAUGUACUUUCGACAGUCGCUAGGUUGUUUGAUCCGUUAGGAAUAUUAGCACCUGUAACACUAUUAAUAAAACUCUUAAUAAAAAAAUUGUGGAUAUUAAAAUUGGAUUGGGACGAGGCUCCUGAUAGGGAAAUUUGUUUAUUCUGGGAAAAUUUCCAAACUGAUUUAAAAUGUUUAGAAUUGUUUAAAAUUCCUCGUCAUUUUGGGGCGAUUAAAGAUUUACCGGUUGAAUUAAUCGGAUUUUGCGACGCAUGUUUAGAAUCUUAUGGCGCUAUGAUUUACAUUAGGAUGGUUACGCCGACUAAUAAAAUAUUGGUUAAUCUAGUUUGUGCGAAAACCAAGGUUGCUCCAAUGCGAACGGAAUCUAUUCCAAGAUUGGAGUUGUGUGCAGCUGUUUUGUUGGCCAGGUUGCUUAAAUUUGCAAUGUCCAGUUUGGAACCGCGCGUUCAGGUUCGAAAAUUAUUUGCAUUUUCCGAUUCGACAGUAACUUUGAAUUGGAUUGGAUCCCCAUCCUAUCGUUGGCAAACAUUCGUUGCCAACCGAGUUUCAUUAAUACAAUCGUUGGUAUCAAAUGAAAAUUGGUUUCAUGUAGAGGGGGUACAAAAUAUUAGCGAUGUACUUUCUCGAGGAUUAAGUCCAUCUCAAUUCAUGAAAAUGCCUAAUUGGGUUACGGGUCCAGAGUGGUUAAAAUUAGAACCUUCAUCGUGGCCAAUAAGAAAAAUUUCUGUUAAUUUGGAAGUUAUGCCUGAAGAAAAAUUAACGGUUAUGAUUGCUACUCAAAGGGUAGUAUUAACGCCUCCGAUUUAG